AUUUGUUAGCAAUUAUUUCAGCUGUUCUGCCAACAGUGGCUUCUCUCCUGGCUCUGUGUGUUACAGAUGAGUAACGUAAUGGUUGGCUCUCACAAUUAAGAGAUAGAUAUUAUAUGGAUGUAAAAAUAUAAAGUGAUGUUAUCGUAAUAUAUCCUCCCAUUGUCCUCUUUCCCCUCCCCCUUGUAAUAACCUUGGUAGUCAGGGCAUUUGGGGAGGGCUGGCUUGUGACCAGGAGGCGAGGUGUAAAACACCUGACCUCCAAUCAAGAUGUAAGAAAGUAAUCUCCAGCAAUGGAUAGCAGAGAAAGAGUUGACUGACCAAACUUUUGGUGGGGCUAAGGCUAUCAAAGGCAGAGUAUCUCUUUUGUAGAUGAGGAUGUGGCUGCAAGUCACAGAGACUGCCAGUUCUGAACAUUUUUCCUUGUUCAGUCCUUUGUUAAGGUUUAAUAAACCUUUAAAAUGUUCAAAGUGAGAGUCGUUUCUCACAUGUGCAAUGCUGUGGGCCAUUUUCUCGAUCUGGUUUCCUUUACAUGGGUCCCAUCUGAGUGCUCACUUGGGCUACAGGCUGUAGGUGCUUGGGGCACUCUUGGAGUUGCUCUUGGAUCCCUUGAACAAUGGGGUUUGGCCCAGGAGGGCAAUUUGUGCUGCUUUGUGGCAGAGGAGAACUUCCCAGGCUAUUUUGUGUUUGCUGUGGGGAAGGUUGGUUAUUGCUUUGCAUAAAGUCACAGACCAGCAUGGAGCGUUUGCUUUGUGAUGUCAGGGCAUGGUUGCCACGUCACAGUGGUGACAUGAGAAGGUUGCCUUGGUGCACGGAAGGCCUCAGUGUCAGAGCAGCCCUAGGGCUUGCUCAGAGCAGGAGCACCCUGCGCCUUGAGGCAUUUGUCAGUGGGCAGCUGCACACUGACAGGAGCCUUGUUUGUUCUAGUGUUGGAGCACAGUGUGCAAACUUGCACGGCAGUGCUACAAUGAUUCAGCAGCUUGCUGCUGCAGUGGUUACUGUUUAUGGCGUGACUUAUUCCGGCUAUUUUCUGACUCACCUGGCACGUCACAUAAAACAUGUAUUCAGCGGAGCAGAUCGUGAGGUGACAAAUGCAACAGCCAUCUCCCCCCUGGCUCCCUCUGCUCCUGGAGAAGAAGCCAAAGAGGAGCAAAGGGAGCAAGAUGACCACGAGACUCCAGCCGUGGUCACAGCCCAGCCUGAUCAUCCCAAGAGAGUCCUUGUAGAGAAAAAGCAGGAGCAGAUUGCUUUAUCAGAGAUGCCAUGCCAGGCUCAGGGAGAGCUGUUCCCAGCCCGAGAGCAGGAAGAGCAGCUCAGGCAGCAGGUGGAAGAGCCACAGCAGAAUGGCCAGAACAUCAAGUCAGAGCCCCAAGCAGAGCUGCCCGAAGCUCAGAGUUCCAUCAUAGCAGUGAAGAGGAGGAAGAAGGAAGACAUGAGAAGAAUUCGAGAGGAGAUUCAUCUCCACCAGCACAGGAGCGAUCAACAAAACCAGGUACGUGGAAGAGUGGCAGCCACUCCACUCAUUAAACAGCGUGUUUAUUCUUGUUUACAGACCAUCAAGGAAGAUGUGCAGGCAGAGCUGCAGGAAUCUGAGGAGAGGGACAAGGCAAGGGAGAAGAGGCUGGAGGAAGAAAUGAAAAUCAUCAGAGAGAAACUUAACCGGCUCCCUCGGGCUCUGAAAAAGCAAGAGACAAAAACAAAAGCCAUCUCUCCCCUGGCUCCCUCUGCUCCUGGAGAAGAAGCCAAAAAGGAGCAAAGGGAGCAAGAUGACCACGAGACUCCAGCCGUGGUCACAGCCCAGCCUGAUCAUCCCAAGAGAGUCCUUGUAGAGAAAAAGCAGGAGCAGAUUGCUUUAUCAGAGAUGCCAUGCCAGGCUCAGGGAGAGCUGUUCCCAGCCCGAGAGCAGGAAGAGCAGCUCAGGCAGCAGGUGGAAGAGCCACAGCAGAAUGGCCAGAACAUUUACAAACAGAUGCCGGCAGAGCUGCAGGAAACUGAGGCUAGGAACAAGGCAAGGAAGAAGAGGCCAGAAGAAAUUCUUGAAAUCAUCAUAAAGAAAUUUAAACCCAUCCUUCAGGAGAAAAUGGCUCUAGAUGCGAAAGUGCAUGUGUUGACAUCCUACCUGGAAGCCUUUGAAGAGUUCCAGCAAAUGACAGGAGACCAAGAGACCCAAGACUGGAGUGAGGCCCAGGAACCAAACCAACCAGAGAUGCUGCAGGAUAAGCACAUCCCCAGGAUGGUGCAGGAAAAGACAAAUCAAGAGCAGAUCUGCAGUGACCUUCUCACUGAAGCAGCUGCUGCAGCAGCAGCAGCAGCAGCACCAUCCCAAGGAGCCUUUGCUCUCCAGCCGGAGAAGUGGAGCUGGGGCACUUGGUUCACCUCCUGUGCUGACCCAGCUGCCGCUCAGCAACAGCGGAUCGAGGAUGACUCCCUGCAGCAAUGGAGGAGAAUGGGGAAGAUGGAAAAUCUCAUGAUGAAAUACACUAAUCUGGAAUAUAUUGGCAGAGGGACUUUUGGAGAUGUUUGUAAAGCACUCGACACUGCCACAGGAGGAGAGGUGGCCAUAAAGAAAAUAAAUCUUCAAGAACUGAUCAGAAGGAAAGUAACCUUUAAGGAACUCAUGGUCAUGAAAAUUAAUAAGCACCUAAACAUUGUGAAUUAUUUAAAGAGCUACCUUCUGGGUGAUGAACUCUGGCUGGUUAUGGAGUACAUGGAUGGAGGUGCCCUGAGCGAUGUCAUCAAUGAGACUCACAUGUCUGAAAGAGAGAUUGCAGCCGUCAGUCGGGAGUGCCUGCGAGGACUGGAUUUUCUUCACUCAAACCACAUGAUCCACCGAGGUCUGAAGAGCUGCAACAUCCUUCUCAGAACCGACGGCUCUGUCAAGCUGGCUGACUUUGGCCUCUUUGCUCAGCUCACUCCUGAGCAGAGUAGACAGAGCUCCGUGGCCAGCACUUCUGGGUGGAUGGCGCCUGAAGUGGUGACAGGUCAACCAUAUGGCCCCAAAGUGGACAUAUGGUCUUUUGGAAUUGUGGGCAUUGAAAUGGUGGAACGAGAAGCUCCUUACUGGAAAGAAACUUCUGGCAUGUGUUGGAGCUCUGUCUCUGAAGGAAAAAAAAUUUUCAGUGGAAUGGUUGGAUGUGUGAUAAAUAUCCUUCAAAAUGGAGGUUCAAUCAUCCUAGUUUCAAUUAUAUAGAAAAAGAAAAAAGGAGAUUGAAAAGGAAGAGAAAAUGGAUAAGAAAAAAAGGAAAAGGAAGAGAAAAAAAGAAAUGAAAAAGAAAAAGAAAAAGAAAAAGAAAAAGAAAAAGAAAAAGAAAAAGAAAAAGAAAAAGAAAAAGAAAAAGAAAAAGAUGAGAAAAAAACACCAAAGCAAUGCCCAAGCAGUUCUGCUUGCUUUUCUCUUUAUUAACCAAAGCACAUCAAUUUUCCUCCAUUCUGUCGUGUCUUUUCCAAGUCCUGCAGGUCUUCAAAACUUUCAGGCUUUCAAAUGGGCUGCCCCUGCUGGGAAGGAAGGUGCCAUCCAGCACAGGAGGGGCAGGGCAUGGAAAGGUAGACACUGCUCUGUCUCCCUGUGGAAAUCAACACAGUGCCUGUUGUUCAAAGACAGGGACCAAUGUGAGGCUUUGGAGUUUCCUGAAAGGAAGAAACUCCAAGGACAGAAAGCACCAUUUCUAGAGCACUGGCAGGGCAAAAAUCCCAGCAAGAUGAAGAUACCUAGAUAAAUGGAUGAGUGGGAGUCUGGGCCAGGUUUGCCUGUGAUGGCAAGGUCCUGCACAUAAAGAUGAAGGUGCAGAUGGUCCAUCUUUCUGGAUCUUUCUAGGAGACCUGUGAAUCCUGUGAAGCACUGAGUUUGGAAAUUCAUGGUUCAUUGACUUCUGUUGAUUUUCUUUUUUCCUUGGUGCAGCAUCCAUUUGUAAGAUUUGCUGAGCCUGCAUCCAGCCUGGUGCCCCUGAUUGUUGCAGUGAAGAAGAGGAAGGAGACAUUACAAGACAUCAGCACCACUUAGUUCUCAACCAGCUUAGACAGGAUUGUAGGUUAGGAUAAGGGUAAGGUUUAGGGUUAGGCUUAGGUUUAGGCUUAGGCUUAGGCUUAGGCUUAGAUUUAGGCGUAAGUUUAGGCUUAGUUUUAGGCUUAGGCUUAGGUUUAGGUUUAGGCUUAGGCUGAGGCUUAGGCUUAGGUUUAGGACUAGGUUUAGGACUACGGUUAUGGUUAGAGUUAGUGUUAUGACUAGGUUUAGGUUUAGGUUUAGUGUUAGGGUUACAACUAGUCCUAGGGGUUUAGCGUUAGGGUAUGAUUGCCUAAUAGGUCUCCCAAGUAGGAUUUGAAAUUAAUAAAAUAUUUCAAACCACAA